GAUGUUUCCUAUCUGUAACCCAUUGGUUUAAGUAAAUGAACUGUCGAUAAAAUGUACGGUUUUGGGGGUUUAGUUGAUAGUGUAUAAACGCAAUGCUUCAUCAAGUAUAGUCAUAUUAAUAUUCAUAGGAUAUCAUUUUUAUAUGUUUAAACAUAUGUUUAUCUCUGAAUGCGGAUAUAUAUGGUUAUAGCUGUUAUCUCUAAGGAAUUUGUGUCUCGCAAUAAAAUCAAGUAACCAUUGAGUUAUAUAUACGAGGGUUUUAUUUAAACAAAAUAUUCUCAAGAUGUUUAUCACAUGAAUUUCCAGUUUGGAAUAAUACUGAAAAAUAUCAGAUCAUUAAAUUCUGCGUGUGAGAACAGUGAUAUUUAUAGAUAUAAUAUAAGAUGUUGGAUAUGCAAGAGUUUACUGAACUAUCUUCAACACCUGUCAUGACUGCAUGUAAACACCAGUCAAAGUAAAAUAUGUCCGAAGAAGAAGAUUAUGACCCGAAUGCUGGUGUUCCGCUCUGGGUUAACAUUUUAGUUCCUAUUCUCUCUGGACUUCUUUUUGUCGCUGUCCUCGUUAUUCUGUUCCAUACAAAGAAAGAAGUUCCGCUUGAAACAAUUGAAGACUGGGUUGAGAAGAUCCCCAUCCUUAACAGAUACCUUUCACCUGACUGGCAAAACAGCGAAGAUGAAACUACAGCAAAGACAAAAUCUACAGCAAGAAUAAAAACUACAGACAAGACAAGAGUCUCGCAUAAGUCGUAUUUAAACGAAAGGUCAUCAAUACGCAAAUCCUUAAGUCAUAGUGAUAUUAGAAGGUAUGACUCAAUCUCAAGCAUAAGAACUCGUGACAAUACAUUUUCAAGUAGAGAUCUUCAAAAUCCGACAGAGAGACCAUAUUUUUACGCCAGUCAAGGGACGCUACUGAGUUUUGAAAGCAAUGUGUGACAUGAAUUUUAGCUGACAAAAUAUGUAGAGAUUAUUCACUGUUCUAAGUGACAUUCCUCCACAAAAUAAUAAUGGCGACCAAAACAAAAAUGACUAACAAAAUUAUUAACUUUUAUUCCCUACUCGUCAAACUCAUGCACUGGCAGAUGAUCUGAUGUCUACACUGGAUAUCACGAAACAUGAAAGCAGACCUUGCGUCUCCAACAUUUAGGGUUUUCUAAUGCUGUGUUUCUUUUUCUCAAGUUGUAUUCGGUGUGAAAAACGUUUAUUUGCUAACGGUUUCUCUAAUAACAAUAGGCUUUGAAAGUGAGCAGCAGGAAUCCUGACCAGACUUCGCGGAUGCGCAGGCUGGUCUGGAUCCAUGCUGGUCGCAAAGCCACUAUGUUGGUUUUCUCAUGGCGCGGCUCAAAUGAAAAAGCGUAGUCGGGCCUCGCCUGGAGAAAUGCCUUAAGAAAGACAUUAAAUAUAGUCUAGAAAUUGAUUUCCAAGUCCUUCACAUAACCAAAAAUGAUUUUACAAAAUUUACAAAAUUUAUAACAGUUUUGUUUUUUCUAGUUUGUGACCGCAAGGAGUGACAACUCUGACUUACAGACAGAGAUAUCUAUUACAAUGUAGUUUACUCCCUUUGCAAUAACACAAUUGUGGGUAGGGGGUGGG